CAAGGUGCGUGCGUCGUGCUUUCUUCCAGUGUAAUAACUUACUCCAUCCACCGGCGACAAUGAUCUGCUUGAUAUUGUCCAUACUUUCUUACUUCUUUCAGUCAGGAGAUGCUAACUCACAGGACAGACGGCUAGCGACAAGAAGGAGCAGUUAACUGGCUGGUCCGGUGUGAAUGAGCGCACAUUCAUUGCCGUAAAACCAGAUGGCGUGCAGCGGAAACUGGUGGGAGAAAUCAUGCGUCGCUUCGAGAAGAGAGGGUUCAAACUGGUGGGCCUCAAACUUGUGCAGGCUUCAGAGGAUAUCCUGAGGGAACACUACUGGGACCUGAGGAGCAAGCCUUUCUUCAGGGGACUGAUGAGCUACAUGAGCUCUGGACCAAUCGUAGCAAUGGUGUGGGAGGGUUUGGACGUGGUUAAGACUGCACGUAAGAUGUUGGGAGAGACCAACCCAGCAGACUCGCUGCCUGGAACCAUCCGAGGAGAUUACUGUGUGGAAGUGGGCCGGAACGUGAUCCACGGCAGCGACUCUGUGGAGAGCGCUCAGAAGGAAAUCUCUCUGUGGUUUCGACAGAACGAGCUUCACUGCUGGGAGGACAGCAGCAGCCGCUGGAUCUAUAACUGACGCUCCACAUGUGCUCCGUGAUCUCCGUCCUGUAGAUAAACCAGAGCUUUUUACAAGGAUCGCAUCAUACCUCAGAAAAAGAUUAUUUUGGCUUUAGUAGCUUGUAACCACACGUUACACGAGGUGUCAUUGCGGGAUCUUUUUUCAUAAAAUGUAUUUUUAUCUAUCUGAACUAAGUUUCUGAGGUGAAAUGAGUUUACAAAGCAAACAUGCACUAAGUGAGCAAUAACUUGAUCAGUGUCUAAUUCUGUUGCGGUUUUUAUUCUAGUCUUUGUUUAGUCCAGAACACAGUUUUUAAGCAAUAAGCUUGAAACGUGGAGCAAUAAAAGGUUGUGAUUCAUAAUGUUCAUCAUGGGAUAAUGCAUCAAUGACAAGGAAAAGGCUGCAUUGAAAUCAACCCUAAAGGUUCAUUUCUAUUGAUAAAGCAGGAAACGUUAUCCACAAGUAUACAGGUGAUGUGCAUGGUAUUUUAAGUUGCACGAAUCAUCAAACAAAAGCUAAAUUGUUGACUGGCUCGGGUUUAUUUUACACUCAAAUGUCCUUUGUCUCGUGGAUAAACUCACAGUAUUUAUAGGUGAGAAAUGUACACGUUUCUCCUGUAAUGGUACUUGCAGUGAAAAUCCAACUACAUAGAAGCAAUGGUCCAACACAGUUAUUGCCUUCCUUCAGUUUCCUGUACGUAACUUUAAAUUCUGUAAGAGCAAAAAACAGAUUGUCACUUCACUUGAAUGUACAGGCUACAAGUUUCAAAAUAAAAUGCUAAAUAGCUUUUGAAGAGCUUUAAUUUUGUAAAUGAAUCAUGUCAGGCUUAGUGUCCAAAUUAAAGAGAACCUGCACUGAAUAUAUUUUGCUGUAUGGAUUGUAUUGGAAUUGUCAAAAACAAAUAAAUCAAGAAAGAAAAACC